UUGGUUUCAGUAAAAACACACUUCCCACUCUAGCUUUUGAAACUUCCACGUGGCACACAGGGGGAUCAGUUCCAGUUGAUAUAAGCCUGGAUGAGGAGAGGGAGGAAAUAACUUAAUUGCUUUAGACUUUAGUUCAGCUGGAGUGGAGAGGAAAGAAUCAGUGUCCCUUCUUUGGAAUUCAGCAAGAAGGUCGUGUUGCUGGUGAGGACACAUCUUCUGCAGGUUUUGUGGAGGUACUGUAUGGAGCACUGUGGGACACUCACAAAACAGGUGGCUUUGUAUUUAAUGUAGUAACUGCUGUCAGGAACAAAAAGCUGUGUUGCUUUCUUGGGAGUAUUGCUGCACUUGGAGCAUAGUGUUAUCAACUGUAUGUUCCUGUUCUUUCACCAAGAACAGGGAAAUAAGAAAUGUGAGGCUUCUCACUGAAUAUGUCUGUGUGUGUGUGUGUAUGUGGUGGAAAGUUCUGAUGUUAGUGCUGUAAUGCAGGACAGGGAAGAUAAAGAAGAGAUUGAGUGGAUGGGGUGUCACAGCAAAUUUGGGGACUUUGCCUGUAAGACUUCUGUAGAUUCAACAUAUUGAUCCCUGAUCCCCAAAGAUCAGUUGAUAUGUUGAAAAGGAGGGAGAUUUAAAGGGGAAGGAGAUAAAAUGCAGGAAAAACUGCUGAUCUAUUUAUUCCUAGUUAAUUUGAACCAGACCCCCAGAGAAUGGGAGAACAUUCCCACCUGGAAUUCAGAUUCGGGUUGAGUGCAGCUAAACUCAGAGAUACAGUAACUGUGCAGCAGUGACCUGCAAUGAAAUACAGAAGCACACACACUGUCUCUGCUUCUUUUCUGCCAAUUCCUGCAUGCUGGCUUUUGGCUUGGCUCACAGAUCUUGCAAACUGUGUUGACAAAAGUAAUGGGAGAUUGUUUACUUCCCAAGUCUUUAUAUUCAGGCUAUAGCUGCUUCCUCUUUCCUACUCAUAUUUUCCCAUAUGGUGACUUUGGAAAAUUCCUCUCCGAUUUCAUUGGGAAGUGCAGGAAGCUCUCACUGGUAGAGGGUUGCCUGUUACUCUCUCCAAUUCUGCUGCUCACAUCUGGAAAGGAUCUGGCUUGGAAGGGGGAACUCACUCUGAGCUCAGUGCAUGUUACUGACAUGGCAUGAGCUGAGAGAGCCUGUGGGGGCAAGAGAAAUGUUCUUCUCCAUUCAUCUGAUUUCUGACAGCAAAGGUGAGAAUAGCCGAGAGGAUAAACGACAAGCCAUAACCAGCCCUGACUGCAAACCUUUAUGUAUGAAAUCUGAGAAGGGCAGCAAGUGGGACGGAGGGGGCUGGCGCAGCCCCCAGAGCGCCUUGAGGGGCCGCGAAAGCGCCCCGGGAGACGGCAAGGUGGCGGUGGGGCUGCUCCGGCCGGGCCGGGUUGCGGGGCUCUCCCGUGGGGCUGUCCCGUGGCCCGGGCCCGGCCCCGCCUGCCCCCGCGACUGCGGCUGCACCCAGGAGGGCGUCGUGGACUGCGGCGGCAUCGACCUCAAGGAGUUCCCGCUGCUGCUGCCCGAGCUGACCAACCACCUCUCCUUGCAGAAUAACCAAAUAGAAGAAAUCUUUCCAGAAGAACUUGCUCGUCUUUAUAGACUGGAAACUCUCAAUUUGCAAAACAACAGGCUGACUUCAAAAGGGUUGCCAGAGGAAGCAUUUGAGCAUCUGGAGAACCUGAAUUAUCUGUACCUGGCAAACAAUAAGCUAACAGUGGCUCCAAAAUUCCUACCAAAUACCUUGAUCAGUGCAGAUUUUGCAGCCAAUUAUCUCACCAAGAUAUAUGGGCUCACAUUUGGACAGAAACCAAACUUGAGAUCUGUGUAUCUUCAUAACAACAAACUUUCAGAUGCUGGGUUACCUGAUAAUAUGUUCAAUGGCUCUAACAAUGUGGAGAUACUCAUCAUGUCCAGCAAUUUCUUGAAGUAUGUUCCAAAGAAUCUCCCUCCAGCACUAUAUAAAUUACACUUACAGAGCAACAAGCUGGAGAAGAUUCCCAAAGGAGCUUUCAGCGAACUUGCUGGUCUGCGGGAGCUGUAUUUGCAGAAUAACUACUUGUCUAAUGAGGGAAUGGACAACGAAACUUUCUGGAAAUUGUCUAGUCUUGAAUACCUGGAUUUGUCCAGCAAUAACCUCUCACAAAUCCCAAGUGGUUUACCUCGAAACAUCAUCCUCCUCCACCUGGAGAAGAAUGCAAUUAAGGUGAUUGACAGAGAUGUCUUGACCCAAAUUAAGAACCUGGAGUACCUUCUGCUCCACAAUAACAAAUUAAAAGCCCGAGGCAUUCACCCCUUAGCCUUCCAGGGCUUAAAGAAGCUGCACACUGUCCACCUGUACAACAACAUGCUGGAAAGGAUCCCCAGUGGGCUGCCCCGGCGAGUGAAGACACUCAUGAUCCUUCAUAACCAGAUCUCAGAGAUCAACAGGAAUGACUUUGCUACCACUUACUUCCUGGAAGAGCUGAACCUGAGCUACAACAAGCUCACAAGUCCCCAGAUCCAUCGGGAGGCCUUCCGUAAACUGCGGCAACUGAAGUCCCUGGAUCUUUCUGGAAACAAUCUCCACACGGUGCCUUUUGGCUUUCCAAAGAACUUGCAGGUUCUGAAGCUGAAGGAGAAUGAGAUAAGCAUCAUCCCAAAAGGGACUUUGUCUGGGAUGACAAAACUGAGGGAACUGUAUCUGAGCAACAAUAAACUGAAAAUAAAUUCAAUUUAUUCAAGAGCAUGGAGAGAACUCAGCAGUCUUCAGUCACUAGACAUGGCUGGCAACCAACUGACAUCUAUCCCGUUAGGCCUGCCAGAAUCUCUGGAGUAUCUGUAUCUCCAGAACAACAAGAUCACAACGGUUUCAGAGAAUGCUUUUGAAUCCACACCCAAAAUAAAGGGGAUUUACCUCAGGUUUAAUAAGAUUGCAGUUGGAGCACUGAAAGAAAGUACCUUCCAAAACCUGAAGCACUUACAGGUACUGGAUAUUGAAGGGAACCUUGAAUUCAGCAACAGUUCAAAGAAUAAGGAUGACUCAGAAGAGGAAAUAGAAGAUGAGGAAGAGGAAGAGGAACUGAGAUAAAAUGUGAACUACACCAUCCCAUCAUGUGGGAGGAAAACAUAUGGAAAAAUACAUAUAUGUCUAUGUGCAUAUAUCUAUAUAGAUAUACAGAGAACAUUUAGCAAACGUGCAAUGAAUUCUGCAGAAACUGUCAUGGCACUGAGCCAGGCUCACGGAAGACAGUGUGUUUCAGUGCCUUGUUCAGGGAGAGACCCUGAAUGCCUUUCCAAAGCUUCCAAAUCAUCUUAUACAAGACCCAGGAUCAUAAGGGAUUGCUCUGGAACUCACAAAAGCUGGCUUUUGUUUCUUCUGUUUCUCUUCCCUCACUGUUUCCAUCUGUAAUAACAAUAUGGGACUGUUUUGAACACAGGCCUUCAAAUGCCAUUUUUGUCACUGCAUUUUAAGUGAUCCAUGUUUAUGCCUCUUUUCUUUUCCUCCACCCAAAAGAAGCUGUUUUUGGCCAGGGUAGAUGGAUAUUUGCAGUAGUUUCAUGUGCAGAGCAGUGUAUGAGGCAUUUUGGUCAUCAAGCAGCAGUAAUAAUUCUGGAUGCAAUUAUUUCUCUGUUAUAACAAUGUGUAUAUUUGGAUGAGAAAAACAAAAUAAGGCUGGAUCCCAUAAUAUUUUAUCUCUACUGCCAAAACAUGCAGUAUAAUCCUGUUUUAGAAAGUUUUUAAGAUAAAACAAUUGCUCUU